AUGAUUUCUCAGACCGCGACCGGACGGAUUAUUCGAAUUGGCAGCCUGGAGGAGUUGGAGAGUGUGAUGUGUGGACACACAUACGCCACAGACCAGAUGAGUACGUCCUCGGUCCCUGCUGCCCCUGCCACCGCCUCCGCCACAGACCAGAUGAGUACGUCCUCGGUCCCUGCUGCCCCUGCCACCGCCUCCGCCUCCGACUCCGCCACAGAUCAGAUGAGUACGUCCUCGGUCCCUGCUGCCCCUGCCACCGCCUCCGCCUUCGACUCCGCCACAUACCAGAUGAGUACGUCCUCGGUCCCUGCUGCCACUGCCACUGCCUCCGACUCCGCCACAGACCAGAUGAGUACGUCCUCGGUCCCUGCUGCCCCUGCCACCGCCUCCGACUCCGCCACCACCUCCACCACAGCCAAGUGA